UCCGCGAGAUGGCGGCGCUGGGGGCCUGGCGGCUGCUGCGGCCCGGCCGGCGCUGGUUCUCGGAGGCGGUGCCCGGCGCCCCCUCGCCGCCCGCCAGCCCUCUCUACCCGCCCGUGGUGGCGUCCAUCACCGCCAAGAGCAAGGCGGCCAAGUCGCGACGCCUGCAGCGUUUCAACCAGCGGGUACACGCGGCGGCCACGGUGGAGGAGAAGCUGCGGCUGUACGGGAAGCUGCAGCGGCCCAAGUAUACAGUGUACCCGCAGACCUUCGCCCUCAACGCCGACCGCUGGUACCGCAGUUUCACAAGAACCGUCUUAGUGCCGGGGAUGCCCCCGAGAGGCGCGGCCGCGAAACCCCCGGUAGCGGCGGCAGGAGGGACCGGCGAGGCCGGCAGAGCCCUGGAGCCGGGAGCUGCGGCGGCGCCGGUGGCUGCGGAGGCGUCGGGGGAUGCGGUGGUGCCGGAGGCCGCGGCGGGAGUGGCACCAUAUGUAGAUAUAGGCGAGUUGCGCUCUCUCGCCUGCGACGCCCUUCUCCAGGAGAGCUUCUACCAGAACAAGAAGCGGCCGUUCCUCUACCGCGACCAGGACCACACGCCCGGCCCCUUCCUCACGCAGCUCGUUUCCACCCUCGCCGCUUCCCUGUCCGGUCGCAACCCAGUGCUGGCUGCUUCCUCCCUUGACCUAAAUCCUGAAGUUAACUAUUACUGGCAUCAUGGUGAGGAAGUUGUUGUUCAUGGACACCGGAAGGGUAGAGUUGAUCCUGUGCGAUUCCAGAUAGAUGAUAACCCACACCUCCAGAUCCGUGUACCAAAGCAGCUUCCUGAGGUUGUACCCCUGGAGUCAGAUCUUGGAGAUGUUCCUGUAAUUGACCACAAGCCAUCCAAACUGCCAUUGUUCAAAAAACAGUACGAAAAUAAGGUAUUUAUAGGAUCUAAGGUAGCAGAUCCGUGCUGUUAUGGACAUACCCAGUUUCAUCUGCUUCCUGACAAACUGAAGCGGGAGAGGUUUAUAAGAGACCGUCUCGAGGAUCAAAUCGAAGUUGUUUAUCGAUCAAAUGGAAUUGCAAGUCUCUUUGCCUGGACAGCAGCACAAGCAAUGUAUCAAGGAUUCUGGAGUGAAGCAGACGUGACCCGUCCUUUUGUAUCACAGGCAGUAGUGACUGAUGGAAAAUAUUUUGCUUUCUUUUGUUACCAGUUAAAUACUUUAGCAUUGACUGCAGAAACUAUUAAAAACAACCCUCGAAAGAAUAUCUGUUGGGGUACAGACAGUAAGCCACUGUAUGAUGUUGUGGAAGAUGGUAAUGUGAAAGGCUUUAAUGAUGAAGUUCUGCUUCAGUUGGUUAGUUUUCUACUAAGCAGACCAAAAGAAUUGUAAAUCAUUAAACCACAUAUAAAAUAUGUGUCUGACCUUCAUUAUGACUCCAUGAGGUAUGAGCUAUACUGUGCCUUGAUUUUAGGCAGGUAUUUGUCAAGCAAACACUGUAUACAUAUUUUAUGUUAUUUAGGCCUUCUUUUUUCUUUCUUAGUGUAUCCUGUACACUGGCAAAUAAAUGGCUGAAAUACCUCAAA